AUGGCGCAAGCAGGCCCCAUCACCGAUGUCACCCAAAGGCUCUUUGGGGAUCUGAAAUCGAAGAACGAAGAGACCCAGGUCAGAGCUGCCUAUGAGCUCUACGACAAUGUCCUGUCUGUCUCAAGAGACUGGCCCUCCGAGAAGUUUGUGGAGUUUUACAAUGCCGUCAGUCAACGAAUUGCCCAGCUGGUUGUAACAGGUAGCGAUGCAAAUGAGAGAGUCGGUGGACUUCUCGCCCUUGACCAGCUGAUCGACUUUGACGGCGUCGACGCGGCCCAAAAGACGACUAGAUUUGCCAGUUACCUCCGAAGCGCCCUCCGAAGCAAUGAUAUUAUGGUAUUGGAGCGUGCCGCCCGAUCGCUUGGCCGACUGGCUAAGCCGGGCGGGGCACUGACCGCGGAGCUGGUAGAAAGUGAGAUCCAGUCGGCGCUGGAGUGGCUCCAAUCAGAGCGCCAGGAAGGUCGACGGUUUGCUGCAGUGCUCGUGAUUCGGGAGCUCGCGAAAGGCUCGCCAACCCUCCUGUACGGAUUCGUGCCGCAAAUCUUCGAGCUUGUCUGGGUUGCGCUCCGUGACAUGAAGGUUCUCAUUCGAGAGACAGCCGCAGAAGCCGUGGGACAAUGUCUCGAAAUUAUCGUGGCUCGAGACGCACAAGUUCGUCAAUCAUGGUUCGCUCGAAUCUACGACGAGGCCUUGCUUGGUCUAAAGUCUCACAAUGUGGACUGGAUCCAUGGAUCUCUCUUAAUUCUCAAGGAGUUGAUCCUGAAAGGUACCAUGUUUAUGAACCAAGGAGACAAUUAUCGCAACACCUGUGAGAUCGUCCUACGCCUCAAAGAUCACAAAGACGCCAAAAUUCGCACCCAAGUCGUCCUUACCAUCCCUAUCCUCGCAUCCUACGCCCCAACCGACUUCAUCGAAAUCUAUCUACAUCGCUUCAUGAUCUAUCUCCAAGCACAACUAAAGCGACAAGGGGAGCGCGACGCAGCUUUCAUCGCCAUCGGAAAUAUUGCCAAUGCCGUCGGACCGGCCAUCGCUCAGUAUCUCGAAGGUAUCAUCGUUCACAUUCGAGAGGGACUCGCCAUGAAAGCGAGAAACAGGUCCCAUGUUAAGGAGGCUCCGAUGUUUGAGUGUAUCAGCAUGCUCUCCCUGGCGGUUGGACAAGCCCUCAGCAAAUAUAUGGAGGGUUUACUGGACCCCAUUUUCGCCUGCGGUCUGAGCAAAUCCUUAACGCAAGCCUUGGUCGAUAUGGCCCACUACAUCCCUCCUAUUAAACCCGUAAUCCAAGAGAAACUCCUCGACAUGCUCAGCAUUAUUCUUUGCGGGACACCCUUCCGCCCACUCGGCUGCCCCGAAAACCGUUUGCCGCCCAUGCCAUCGUUCGCGAAGGACUUUGCACCACGAGAUCUUCAUUCCGACUCCGAGAUUGCACUAGCACUUCAUACCCUCGGCAGCUUUGACUUCUCCGGUCACAUAUUGAACGAGUUUGUUCGAGAUGUUGCAAUUGACUACGUUGAAAAUGACAACUCCGAAAUUCGAAAAGCGUCAGCACUUACAUGUUGUCAACUAUUCGUCCAUGAUCCGAUCAUAAACCAAACCAGUGGCCAUUCAAUUCAAGUAGUCAGUGAAGUCAUUGAUAAGCUAUUGACGGUCGGUGUUGGUGAUGCAGACCCAGAAAUUCGUCGCACAGUUUUGUGGUCACUAGAUGCCAAGUUUGAUCGACAUUUGGCACGUCCAGAGAACAUCCGUUGCUUGUUCCUUGCUGUCAACGACGAAGCGUUCGAGGUCAAAGAAGCGGCUAUAUGUAUCAUUGGACGUCUUUCGAGUGUCAACCCUGCCUAUGUCUUCCCGCCAUUGCGUAAGUUGCUCGUCAACCUUCUGACUGGACUAGGCUUUGCAAACACAGCGCGUCAAAAAGAAGAGACUGCACAGCUAAUCAGCUUGUUUGUUUCAAACGCGACCAAGUUGAUCAGGUCUUACGUUGAUCCUAUGGUGACAGCGCUAUUGCCUAAAGCCACAGAUACCAACCCUGGUGUUGCGGCUGUCACUUUGAAAGCCGUCGGCGAACUUGCUAGUGUCGGUGGAGGGGAAAUGAGGCGUUAUCUAUCGCAGAUCAUGCCGAUCAUUCUGGAUUCCCUUCAAGAUCUAUCUUCGCAUACCAAGAGAGAAGCUGCCCUACGAACUCUGGGACAGCUGGCGAGCAACUCGGGUUACGUGAUCGAGCCAUAUCUCGAAUACCCCCAUCUCCUUGAUGUCUUGAUUAAUAUCACUAAGACAGAACAGACUGGAUCCCUAAGGAAGGAGACCAUCAAGCUUAUUGGUGUUCUCGGUGCGCUUGAUCCUUACAAGUACCAACAAAUCAGUGACGUGGAGCCUGACGUUCACCACAUCAACGAGAUCCAGAGCGUAUCAGACGUUGCGCUGGUCAUGCAAGGCCUAACUCCCUCUAAUGAAGAGUAUUAUCCCACUGUGGUCAUUCAUACCUUGCUGCAGAAUAUCCUCAGAGAGAAUUCUUUGGUACAAUACCACUCGGCUGUCAUUGAUGCAAUCGUCACAAUUUUCAAAACUUUAAGCUUGAAAUGCGUGCCAUUCCUUGGGCAGAUCAUUCCCGGCUUCAUCGGAGUGAUCCGAAGCUCCCCUACAAGUCGCCUCGAAUCCUAUUUCAACCAAAUGGCUAUCCUGGUGAAUAUUGUACGACAGCACAUCCGUGCAUUCCUUCCGGAAAUCAUCGAUGUGAUUCGGGAUUUCUGGGACACUUCGUACCAAGUGCAGGGUACUAUCCUUUCUUUGGUCGAGGCCAUUGCUAGAUCUCUAGAAGGAGAAUUUAGAAAGUACUUGGCUGGCCUAGUCCCACUAAUGUUGGAUACUCUUGACAAGGAUACUUCUCCUCGUCGUCAGCCAUCAGAGAAAAUUCUCCAUGCUUUCUUGAUAUUUGGCUCAAGCGGCGAAGAAUACAUGCACCUCAUCAUUCCGUCUAUUGUUCGUCUCUUCGAGGGAUCACAGCAUCCUCAAAGCAUUCGAAAGUCUGCCAUUGACAGCUUGACAAAGCUCUCUCGCCAAGUCAAUGUUUCGGAUUUUGCAUCUCUCAUGGUCCACUCCCUAUCACGAGUUGUGGCGGGCAGCGAUCGCGUUUUGCGGCAAGCCGCGAUGGAUUGUAUUUGCGCUCUCAUAUUCCAGCUUGGUCAAGAUUUCACGCACUACAUGCAUCUUCUGAAUAAGGUCCUCAAGAAGCAUGGAAUUAGCCAUGUCAACUACCAAAUAUUGGCAAAUAAGCUGCAGAAAGGAGAUCCAUUGCCGCAAGACCUCAAUCCCGAAGAAAGCUAUGCAUUCCCCGCUGACGAUUCCAACUUCGCAGAAGUCGGACAGAAGAAGAUGGUUGUUAAUCAGCAACAUCUCAAGAAUGCAUGGGAUUCUUCCCAGAAGUCUACUCGUGAAGACUGGCAAGAGUGGAUUCGCCGGUUCAGCGUGGAGCUUCUCAAGGAGUCGCCAUCUCCUGCGCUACGGGCCUGUGCCAGCUUAGCUGGAAUCUAUCAGCCGUUGGCCCGUGACCUUUUCAACGCUGCAUUUGUCUCCUGCUGGACUGAGCUCUAUGACCAAUAUCAAGAAGAGCUGGUUCGUUCCAUCGAGAAAGCACUCACCUCGCCGAACAUCUCUCCAGAGAUCUUGCAGAUUCUACUUAAUCUUGCAGAGUUCAUGGAACAUGAUGACAAGGCCCUUCCGAUCGAUAUCCGCACCCUUGGCAAAUACGCGGCUAAGUGCCACGCCUUUGCCAAAGCCCUUCACUACAAGGAGCUCGAAUUUGAACAGGAUCAAAAUUCAGGUGCGGUUGAGGCUCUUAUCACAAUCAACAAUCAACUCCAGCAGUCUGAUGCUGCGAUCGGUAUCUUGCGUAAGGCACAAGCGUACCGUGACGUGGAAUUGAAAGAAACCUGGUUCGAAAAACUUCAGCGAUGGGAUGAAGCCCUUGCUGCGUACAAGAGACGCGAGAAGACUGAUCCUGACUCAUUUGGUAUCACUAUGGGUAAAAUGCGUUGUCUGCAUGCUCUGGGCGAGUGGAAGGUUCUUUCAGACCUUGCUCAAGAGAAAUGGAACCAGGCGUCAUUGGAACAUCGCAGAGCCAUUGCUCCGCUUGCUGCAGCUGCAGCAUGGGGUCGUCGCCAGUGGGAGUUGAUGGAUUCAUAUCUCGGUGUCAUGAAAGAGCAGUCUCCCGAUCGAUCAUUCUUCGGUGCUAUUCUUGCUAUUCAUCGCAACCAGUUCGAAGAAGCCAAUAUGUACAUUGAGAAAGCACGCAACGGGUUGGACACCGAACUUUCGGCUCUUCUUGGAGAGUCUUACAAUCGUGCUUACAACGUUGUAGUCCGCGUCCAGAUGCUUGCUGAGUUAGAAGAAAUCAUCACCUACAAGCAAAACGUUGGUGAUCCAGAGAAACAGGAUGCCAUGCGCCAGACCUGGAACCAGCGACUGCUUGGCUGCCAGCAAAAUGUGGAGGUGUGGCAGCGGAUGCUCAAGGUCCGCGCACUUGUGACCGCUCCUCAUGAAAAUCUUGAUAUGUCUAUCAAGUUUGCCAACCUUUGCCGAAAGUCGAACCGUAUGGGUCUGGCUGAACGAUCCCUCGCGGCCCUGGAGACAGUUAUUACUGAUGCGAGUGGAACACAAACAAUCGCACCUCCCGAGGUCACAUAUGCUCGACUGAAAUUCAGCUGGGCGAACGGCCAUCAGCAGGAGUCAUUGGAGAUGCUGAAAGAAUUCACUUCUAACCUCAGCGACGAUCUCUCUAAGUACAACACUCUCAUGGUUUCCAACUCUUCCCAUGAACACCACGGUGUAAAUGGUGUCAAUGGAAUUGCAGAUCCAAGUCAUCCUGAUGCGAUCAGCCUCCGUGACCGGAUUGGGGAUCCUAACAAAUUCCGCAAACUCCUCUCCAAGAGUUACCUCCGACAGGGUGAAUGGCAGACAACGCUCCAGAAAGGCGACUGGAGGCCGGAUUAUGUCCGGGAGGUCCUCAAUGCCUACUCAGCAGCCACUCAGUACAAUCGGGAUUCUUACAAGGCUUGGCACGCAUGGGCUCUUGCCAACUUUGAAGUGGUCACAGCGAUUUCUAACCAAGCAAGUCGAGACGGCAAGCCAGCACCGGUUCCCGCGCAUAUUGUCACGGAGCAUGUCAUACCCGCGCUCCGUGGUUUCCUACGAUCAAUUGCUUUGUCCUCAACAUCCUCCCUGCAGGAUACUCUUAGAUUGCUCACCUUAUGGUUCAGUCACGGCGGUGAUCACGAAGUCAACACAGUCGUCACUGAAGGUUUCACGACAGUGAAUAUUGACACUUGGCUUUCCGUCACACCUCAACUUAUUGCUCGUAUCAAUCAACCUAAUAUCAGAGUCCGUGGUUCCGUCCAUAGGCUACUGGCGGAGGUUGGCAAGACACACCCUCAAGCUCUUGUGUACCCAUUGACAGUAGCUAUGAAGUCAAAUGUGACUCGUCGCUCGCAAUCUGCCAGUAGCAUUAUGGACAGCAUGCGCCAACAUUCCGCGAAGCUGGUUGAACAAGCAGAUCUUGUCAGUCACGAACUGAUCCGAGUGGCCGUUUUAUGGCACGAACUCUGGCAUGAAGCUCUUGAGGAGGCCUCUCGUCUCUACUUUGGCGCCAGCGAUACCGAAGGCAUGUUUGCAACUCUCGCGCCCCUUCAUGACCUACUGGAGAAGGGAGCCGAGACGCUUCGUGAGGUGUCUUUCGCCCAGGCAUUUGGCCGUGAUCUUGCGGAGGCCAAGCAUUAUUGCGCAGUUUACCGCUCAACCGGUGAAGUCGGGGAUGUGAACCAAGCUUGGGACCUUUACUACACUGUAUUCCGCAAGAUCCAGAGACAGCUUCCACAAUUGUUCAUUCUUGACCUCAAAUAUGUGUCUCCUCGACUCAAAGAUUGCUCAGGCCUCGAUCUCGCUGUGCCAGGAACUUACCAAAGCGGUCGCCCUAUUAUCCGCAUCAUCAGCUUCGAUCCAAUUCUACAUGUGCUCCAGACUAAGAAGAGACCUCGACGGAUGACACUCAAAGGCAGCAGCGGCCACUCUUACAUGUACGCACUCAAGGGUCAUGAAGAUAUUCGCCAGGACGAGCGAGUCAUGCAACUCUUCGGACUGUGCAAUACUCUUCUGGACAACGAUGGUGAGAGCUUCAAGCGCCAUCUUUCGGUCCAACGUUUCCCUGCCAUUCCAUUAUCACAGAGUUCCGGUCUCCUGGGUUGGGUAUGCAACAGUGAUACACUACAUGCUCUUAUCAAAGAGUACCGAGAAAGCCGCCGCAUCCUGCUUAACAUUGAACACAGGAUCAUGCUUCAAAUGGCACCUGACUAUGAUAGCCUCACUCUCAUGCAGAAGGUCGAGGUCUUCGGAUAUGCUAUGGACAACACCACCGGUAAAGAUUUGUAUCGGGUUCUGUGGCUUAAGAGUAAGAGCUCUGAAUCUUGGCUUGAACGACGUACCAACUACACCAGAUCUCUGGGUGUCAUGUCAAUGGUUGGAUACAUUCUUGGUCUGGGUGACCGACAUCCUUCCAACUUGUUGCUGGAUCGUGUCACGGGUCGGGUUGUUCAUAUUGAUUUCGGUGACUGCUUUGAGAUCGCUAUGGUUCGGGAGAAGUACCCUGAAAGGGUACCGUUCCGACUUACUCGUAUGUUGACCUUCGCUAUGGAGGUCAGUAAUAUUGAAGGCAGCUAUCGCAUUACCUGCGAGGCAGUGAUGAGAGUUUUGAGAGAGAACAAGGACUCUCUGAUGGCUGUUUUGGAAGCCUUCAUUCACGAUCCCUUGAUUACUUGGCGUCUUGGGGCUCAAGAAUCCCCCGACCGCACAUCCUUUACCGCCGAAAGACGCCAGAGUCUCAUCGAAGGCAUCAACUUCCAAGAUAAUGCGCAGCCAAGCAACUUCUCUCGUCGCCGACCCUCAAUUCUCGAGGGCGGCAUCCUUGAUACCCAAGAAGGCGUGCCAGCCGAGGCUCGCGAGGCCCAAAAUGCCCGCGCCGUACAAGUUCUUGCUCGAGUUAAAGAGAAGCUCACUGGACGUGAUUUCAAGAAUUACGAAGAACUCAAUAUCAGUGACCAGGUUGAUAAACUUCUUGCGCAGGCUACCAAUGUAGAGAAUAUCUGCCAGCACUGGAUUGGAUGGUGCAGCUUCUGGUGA